AGCAAUUACAAAAGAUCAAGUGAAGAUUCCCCAGCACUACUUACUUUCAGAAGGGGAAGAAAAAAAAACUUAUUUUAAACUUGUCCUUGAAUAAUUGACAAUUUGACAGGCAGCUCCCACCCCACAAGCCCCAAAAAACACAUUGAAAAAAAUUGGGAAAAAAUGAAAUAUAAUUAACCAUCACACACACAGCAUAACACAAGCCAUCCAUCUCAUCUCCACUCUUCAUAAAACCCCUCAUUGCAAGAAUUCACCCCUUCUUCUUCUUCUUCUUCUGCAAUCUCUCUCUCUCUCCUUUCUCUCACUAAUAAUUUUCAUCCCCUUCCCAUCAAUCUCCCAACUUGCCCGUUUCCGCCCACUCUUCAUUUUUAUUGUGGAGGGAAUUUGCGCGCCGGUAGGGAAGGGGAAGGGGGCAAGCAAUCAAUCAAAUGGCGGGGGAAUUUUCUCACCAAUAUCUAAAACAAACUAUUCGAGAUUCCUCUGGCGGGGAUAUCGCCAUGGCGGCAGCUCCUCCUCCGCCGCCUCAUCUUGAAGAACCAGUCGGCCGCGACAACGGCGGCGGCAAUUCGAAUUCCGGCGAGAUUGACGAGAGGAGCAGCAACAGAGGUGAAGAAGGAGGAGGAGUCGGCGGCGGGCUGAGUGGCGGUAGUUACGGCGGGAACCGGUGGCCUCGGCCGGAAACUAUAGCGCUGUUGAGGAUAAGGUCGGAGAUGGAUUCCGUUUUUCGCGACUCCACUCCUAAAGCUCCAUUGUGGGAAGAAGUUUCCAGGAAGCUAGCGGAGCUUGGAUAUCAUCGAAGCGCCAAGAAAUGCAAAGAGAAGUUCGAGAACGUGUCCAAGUACCACAAACGCACCAAAGAUGGCCGCACCGCCAAGCACGACGGCAAGACCUACCGCUUCUUCCAAGAAUUGGAAGCUUUCGAAGGCAAGCAGCAGCACCUCCAAUCCUCCUCCGCUCCUCCUCCACCGCCGAUGCCGGCCGCGUCGGCAGUAAUUACUCCGGCAUUGCCAUUGGCCACCGCUGUUCCAAAAAACAACACAAUUCCACAUCCAAUAAUGGCGACUGUUCCAUCAGCGCACGGUAACAGUACUACUAAUAUUGCCACCAGUACUACUACUACUUGCAUCAACUUCACCAUCACCCCUCCGAGCCAUCUCAACCCUACACCUGUCACGCCAGCCGAGCCCAUCUCCUCAUCCCAGCCGCUCAAUCCCAGCCCGCAGAGCGUCUUCCACCCUUCCUACGACCACCGCCACCACAACAAUCACAAGGCCGCCGCCGCUGCCGACUCCCACCAUCUCUUCUCCAGAUCCACCUCCUCCUCCACCGCCUCCGACGAGGAACUCGAGGAGGCGGCCGCCGUGGGUGGUACAACUCCUGCCCCGAAUAAUAAGAGGAAGAGAAAGUGGAAGGACUUCUUCAGCAAGCUGACCGACGGCGUGAUCCGGAAGCAAGAGGAGCUCCAGAAGAAGUUUCUGGAAACCGUCGAGAAGCUGGACCGGGAGCGCCUGAUUCGCGAGGACGCGUGGCGCGUCCAGGAGACGGCCCGGAUUAAUCGCGAGCACGAGGUCCUCAUCCAGGAGCGCUCCACCGCCGCCGCGAAAGACGCCGCCGUCCUCGCAUUCCUCCAGAAAAUGUCCGGAGGCGAAGGACAGCAAAUCGCUCCUCCUACCUCUUUUCCUCCUCCACCGCCCCAGCCGCUGCCACCGACGAUACAGCCGCAGACCGCGGCAAAUACAGUACCAUCGCCGACUCCAAUUCCUCCACCGCCGCAGCCAUCGCCUGCGGCGAGGAGAGAGAGCAGCGUGGCGGCUGCGAGUUCGUCGCGGUGGCCGAAGGUGGAAGUGGACGCGCUGAUCGGGCUUCGGACAAGGCUGGAUGAGAAGUAUCUGGAGAACGGGCCCAAGGGCCCGCUGUGGGAGGAGAUAUCCGCGGAGAUGAAGAAGAUCGGGUACAAUCGGAGCGCGAAGCGUUGCAAGGAGAAGUGGGAGAACAUCAACAAGUACUUCAAGAAGGUGAAGGAGAGCAACAAGAGGCGGCCGGAGGAUUCCAAGACCUGCCCCUACUUCCACCAAUUGGAUGCAUUGUACAGGGAGAAGAGCAUCGGCAGCACCAAGGCCGGAAUCGUAAUGUCCUCCGCGGCGGGCGGCGGUGGUUACAUCGCGGCGAAUCCGUUGAGGGCGGUGGAGCCGGUGGCAGCUGGUAUGGCUCAGCUUCAGCCGCAGCAGCAAUGGCAGGCUCAUCCGGCUCCGCCAGCGCCGCAGCAGCGUAAUGCCGAAGAGGAGGAGGAAGAUGAGGAGGAGGAUGAGGAGGAGGAUUAUGAAGAUUUGGAGACGGAGGACGAUGAGGAAGGCGAUGGGGAUGGCGGCGGCAAUGGAGGUGGAUUUCAAGUUGUACAGAAUAGACCCGUAGCCGCGAACGAACGGUGAGUGAAUUUUGAAGAAAAAAAAAAGAGUAAAAAAAUCCGGUGUGAAAGAAAACACUUUGGCUGGAUUUUUACCGUGGAACUAAUACUAUACGGUAACGGUGUCGUAGUAGUUUCUUCGGUUUGGUGGUGGCGGAACAUUACAAUUUGUGGGACGUCAAUUAUGCCCAUACAUACACAUGGGACAGGGUGGAGGGAACGAGAAAUGGGGUUGGUUUUCGUUUUUGGUUUGCAUUCCACAGUUGGAUCCAUAAACAAAUUUUUUAUUUAUUUUUCUGUUCAGUUUUUUUUUUUUUUUCUUCCUCAAAUUGUUUGUUGCAUAAACCUACCACUCUGAAGAAAGAGAGAGCGGACAGGAUGAAUAAAGAAUAUAUAUACAGAGGAGAGGGAGCGGGGAGUUAUUUACUUAUUUUCAUCAUUAUUAUUACAAUUUACUAGUUCUUUUUUAUUUAUUUUAAUUUGGAUUUAAGGUUGUGUCCAUAUAGAGAGAUUGGGGGGCAGAAGGAAAAGAGGAAGAAAUAAAAGGGAGAAUUUCCA